AUGUCUGUUUUCACGCUUCUGCUCUGCAUUCAGGCUAGCCUGCUCCAAUACGUUGAUACAGGUUUGGGGGGCUGCGAUCCCGGAGCCGGCUUGGGUGUCCAUCGACUCGGGUAUGGCGCCGCCUGGCAUGGACUCGGCGAUGGCUGGAACGGAAUCCAUGCUAGAUAUGGCGGCGAAGUCAUCGGCAGCACGGGAGUCUCCGGUGACCUAUCUGUUGCCAGUGCUACCCCCGUCACUGGUCGCGUCUCCAUCACCAGCGCUGUUGGGUCCGGAGAUCCCACCUGUUCUGCUGCUACCACCUCUAUGUGCGGACGCUGCGCUCCCACCAGCGGAUGUAGACACGCUGCCCUAGCUGGAUACUACUAA